AUGCAUUUGUUCACAGGUUUGGGUCUUCCACCAGACUAUCUGGGUUCACGUGCCCUUACUGAACUGCAGCCUCCACCCUCUACCAUCGGCAGCUCAGAAUUCCCCUUCUCCAUAGACGCGAGUUCCAGGCUGACAAGUCCUCGACCCAGCAGUUUGCGGCAGAGUCGGAAAAGGGCUCUUUCCUCAUCCCCAUACUCAGACUCAUUUGACAUCAACUCUAUGAUCCGCUUCUCUCCAAAUUCUCUGGUUUCCAUAGUAAAUGGUUCCCGAAGCUCCAGUGCUAGUGGCUCUUAUGGGCACCUUUCAGCAGGGACAAUCAGUCCUGCGCUGGGGAUGCACCCUGGCAUGGCACCUCAUCUGCAGCAGCUCCAAGCACAUCUCCUUAGAACAGCAGCAGGAAGCCUUCUACCGCCACUGCCUCCUCACCCUCAAGCACAGACACAAGUUCCAGGAGGGCUCUUCCCCUUACCUCACCAUCCCUUACAGCCUUCCACAGGGCAUUCCAUAUCGAAAACAGAGGUGUCAGGGGAUGCGUGCAAGAAGCUGGACUCCCCUGUCUCUAGUAGUGUGGUGGAGGCAGACACUAGUGCAUCGGGCGGGGGUGCUGGGAACCAGAGGAAAGCACGGAUAAAGAGGGAACCUGUCACAACUAAUGCCAACCUCACAAGUGCAGGUGCAGGACCUGUGUCAGGAGGACUUGGUUCAGACUGUAGUAGCAGCAAAUGUUCUCCAGGGGGUGCUGAUUCUGGAGACCCUCUCAAAGAUGAACCAGGAGAUUUCAUCGAAACAAACUGUCACUGGCGGGAAUGUGGUCUCGAAUUUCCUACGCAGGAUGAUCUUGUCAAGCACAUCAACAAUGAUCACAUUCAUGCAAACAAAAAAUCAUUUGUUUGCCGCUGGGAGGAUUGUUCACGAGAUGAGAAGCCAUUCAAAGCUCAGUACAUGCUCGUGGUGCACAUGCGGCGUCACACUGGCGAGAAACCUCAUAAGUGUACGUUUGAAGGGUGCUACAAGGCUUACUCGAGGCUGGAGAAUCUCAAAACACAUCUAAGAUCCCACACUGGAGAGAAACCAUACAUGUGUGAAUAUCCUGGCUGCAGUAAGGCAUUUAGUAAUGCAUCAGACCGUGCCAAGCAUCAAAAUCGUACCCAUUCUAAUGAGAAACCAUAUGUAUGCAAAGCUCCAGGCUGCACAAAGAGGUACACAGACCCAAGCUCUCUGAGGAAACAUGUGAAAACAGUGCAUGGUGCAGAGUUUUAUGCCAACAAGAAGCACAAGGGUCCAGGUGAUGGUGCUGAGGAUGGUUCCAGUGGAGCUGGUGGCUUGCUGGACAGCAGUCCACACAGUGAGGAGAUGAUGAGUGGCAAGACAGCCAGUCUUUCCAGUCCCAGUGUCAAGUCUGAGGAGGCCAGUUCACCGGCUCAACAAGGCAGUCCUCUAAGUGUUACUCAGCAUGCAAACAAUGGUUUAGAUGAGCCUGUUAGUGACUCCAAUGUCAGCACAACCAAUCACACCCUGACAACUGUGGAGGCAGAAGAUUGGGCAGAUGAGGGCGAAGAACUUGAGGUGCCAGACAUCCAUCUUUCUGUGAGGGCUGUUGUGGGUGGAGGUUCAGACCCUAUAGGACCACCAACAAAUCACGCCUCACAGAGGAUCAAGAGACUUCAAGCGAAAGGGGUCACAACACUACCACCAUUGCCAAGUAUUGCAGGUGCGAGAAGAGGAAUCAAUCUAAGUGACCUGCCCAUGCAUUUCACUGAUCUCAAGGUGGAGGGCUUAAAGAGCAAUGCCACUGUGGCACAAACCCAGCUUAUUGACUUGCAACUGAAGUUGGCUCCUGGCCAGACGAAUGCUCAGAAACAGAUGCAGCAACAGGCCACUUUGCGGCGUGAUAGCAACUCCACAGUCAGCACAUACUAUGGUAGCAUGUGUUCAGGAGAGCUGGGCUCUAGUCGACGCAGCAGCCAAGCUUCUCAGGCAUCAGCAAUGUCUUGUGUCAGACCUGGAAGCGGGCAGGUAGGCUCAUCCUGUGACCCCAUCUCUGCUGGCAGCUCACGAAGGUCAAGUCAGCUCAGCAAUACAGGAGGAGUGACCAAUGUAGGGCACAAUGUGUCCCAUUUGUUGCCUGCUGGCAUGAGCAGCCACCUACAGCGCUUACACUCACGGGUUCUUGGCGGGCAUCAAGACCCUCUUUACUGCACUUCUAACCUCGUUCUGCAGACGCAGAACAUGUCUCUGCAACAUCAGAGGCGUCAGCAGCAACAGCACCAUCAGCAGCAACACUAUCACCACCACCAUCACCAUCACCAACAUCAUCCGGGUACUGGAAGUUGGUUGCCACAGUCAAGCAAUAACAAUAGUUCCGCCAACACAGUGGAUAACCGCCGAAUGUCAGAACCAUGCCGAGGUGGAUCAGACAGAUCUACACCCCCUCCCCCUCGUCCUCACAGUGUUGUAUUGCCUCCUAUUGCACGAGGUCAAGAGCACCAUCCUAAUCAAGAAGUGGUUCUGGAUGAAGUGGCUGAGGGAGAAAUGGUAGAGAAGAACCUAGUGAUUCCUGAUGAAAUGAUGCACUUCCUUAGCCAAGUUGCAGAUCAUACUAAGGAUGAGAGUUCAAGUAGACCUACUGCCAACACAACCAACACUGCCCAUGUGUUCCAGCUACCAGCCUGUAAUAGCCAUCAACAAGGAACCUUUGUUGGGAGCCAUACAGGACAACAAAUGCCAACUAAUGACCCAGCAAGUCCUGUUGCACCUUACAAUCAAUCUGUACCAAGCUAUCCUCUCUCAGUUCCUUCCAGUGGGUUCACAGGUCAGUCCAUUCCAGCAAGCCCUGCAUCUAGCAAUGCUGCAUACUGUCACUCAAUGCCAGUAGCCAACAGCCCAGCACAGGGACCUCCCAGUGUCAUUAUGGGUCAAUCUGCACAUUUAAGCAAUCCACAUCAGAACGGUGGAUUCAAUAAUGCAACAUUGCCUGUGAUGAAUAGCCAGUGCCAGUCCAUGAUGAAUGGCCCUGUGUCAUGUCAAUCAGUGCCAGGUGUGGGUUAUAAUGGGCCAUCCAUGCCUGUGGUAAAUAAUUCAGGUCACUGUCAGCCAAUCAUGAACAGUUCAGGACAUUGUGGUUCUACUGCCCAAACAAAUAUGCCUGGGUUUAUGGGUCCUGUAACCCCAAUGGGGAAUAAUUCAACACAGUGCCAUUCUAUGCAAAGCCCAGCACAGGCUAAUGCUGGAUAUCUUUGUCCAUCAAUGCCAACAAGUCCUGCAAAUUGCUAUGGUGCUGGAGGACACACCCCACAGCAGCUAAGUCAGCAGCCUCUCACAAGUCCUGCUGCAGGAGCUCCUGCCCCUCAGCAGGCUAGCAACUGCUGGCAGCAAAAUCUGCCGAUGAUGCAAGCGGCUCAGAUGUCACGUGGCAAUGCAGUCUACCCCAGCACUGUCCCUAUGCAGCACCAUGACGGUUUGAAUCAGCAAGCAGUUCAGUACAGUGGUUGCUAUCAGCAGCAACCUCAACAGAUGGCACCAUGUGUAAACUGCACACACCACCAUCAGCAAUACCAGCAGCAGCCACAUGCCAGCUGGAACAACUACAACCACCAGAUGCCUCCACCACCAUACCAGCAGCGAUCACAGCAGUUCACAAAUCCUCCAUGUCCACAGUCCCUUCAGUGCAAUAACACCACCAAUCCUGGACUUAUGGCCCCACCGGGCACAUCCUGUAAUCAGCCACAAAAUCGACCUGCGUCUAAUAGUGGACACAGUAUUCAUAAUGUGUCAUAUCAUUCACUUGGGAAUAACAGUGUGACAGAAAUUCAGUGUCGGGACAUUAGCCAAUCAUCCCCAAAUAAUGGCAGUGUGGCUCAGACAAAUGUGAAUUCUGGCAAUGUGCCAUUAGUCACAGGUAAUGUUAGAGGGAUGAGGCAAGACACAUACCAGAGAACGCUUGAAUAUGUGCAACAGUGUCAGUCCUGGGCAGGCAGUGACAUGGUGUCCAGCAGUACACACCCUCUGGGCACUGGAUCAGAAGCCUCCUCCCUUAAAGGUCCUUUACAAGGGUCCACAUCGAACAUGGUGAUCAAUGACAUGACAUCAUCAUUAACUUCAUUGCUGGAGGAAAACAGAUACUUACAGAUGAUUCAGUGAACAUAAAUAUUCUUUCUAGUAUCAGGACUGCAAAAAUAAUAGUUGCGAGAAGUUUCUGUUUGGACUUAAGACAUGAGUUAUAACUAGAAUUGAUUUAUGGAUCACACAGUAUCACUUGUUAAUUGUACUCAGGUAAUUUAUUACUUAUACUUGCAAUUCACUGAUGUAAGACUUAUACACAGUGUCCAAAAAGUCACUCUUGGGAUUUUAGGAGGCUGCACUUUUUUAACCAUUGUUUAAAUAGAAAAAACAUUGAAAUGGAGGUUAAAAAUAAUUCUCAGUAAACUGCCACAUGUUCUUUUUCACUGUACAAGAGAUGUUCUUCUGAAAUCAGUUAUCAGCUAGAUAACUGUUAUCCCAUGAGCAUACACCAAUAGAAACUUUCAUUUCCAUGUUCUGCUUUUCCUAUAUGUAUAAUAGUUAAGAAUAGCCUGCUAAAGCCUCAGUGUGACUGUCUGUAUGGCCUGUAUUACUGCAAGGCGAUACACAUAUUACUGCGUAAGUUUUCAGAUUUUCUUAGUGUCGAUUAGUACAACAGGAUGCUACGAUAUAAUAUUAUAUUUCAGAUUUUCACAGGAAUGAGUGCUCAUAUUAUGAUCUCAUGGAUUAUAAUACUGCAAUAUGUCAUAGACAGAUAACAACAUUUAGGAGGAGCAUGCUGCGAAUAUCUUCAUGGUUGAAGUGGUGUGGAUGCAAUCAAGUUAUAUACACUGAUUAUGAAGGAUGUGUUCACCCAAAUCUACAGAUGGGUGGGGGGAGGUGAAGCUCAGUCUGAGCCAAUAGGAAUAUGGAAGAGGAACUGUGAGAGAAAAUUCAGCAUGUACUAGGGAUAAAAAUAGUUACAUUACAAAUUUGAUUUGUCUCAUUCAGGUCGGUCACACUAUUAAUUACAAAGUGGAUAAUUUUCAGUCCAGUGUGACAUACA